AUGGGUUCCCCCUCUUGUCCUCCUAAUAAAGGCUACUCUCCAGUCGAUGUGCGAAGUCCAGGAGCUCACAUUGGCCACAUCCACCCUAACAUGCCUAAGUUCCAAAUUUUGAAGUUGCUUAUUACAAUAUUUGCUGGUAUCCCUCUAGUUCAGCAGAGGUUGAUAUUUGCUGGUAAACAACUUGAGGAUGGAAGAACCCUUGCUGAUUACAAUAUUCUGAACGAGUUCACUCUGCAUUUGGUGUUGAGGCUUCGUGGAGGUAUGCAAAUAUUUGUGAAGACUCUGACAGGGAAGACCAUUACCUUGGAGGUGGAAAGCUCUGAUACUAUUGACAAUGUGAAAGCUAAGAUUCAGGACAAGGAGGGUAUCCCUCCAGAUCAGCAAAGGCUCAUUUUUGCUGGGAGGCAAUUAGAAGAUGGUCGUACCUUGGCAGAUUACAAUAUUCAGAAGGAAUCCACCAUGCAUCUUCCACUUCGCCUUCAUGGUGGUUGGUUGCUAAGCGAGUCCUCUUAA